CCGCUGCCAGACCACCUGCUCCCGGAGUCAGCACCGCGGACAGCCCCCCGCUACCAGCCUCGCCACAGGCUCGGAGGGAUCAGUGCCUCUGGAACAUGGCCACUGAGGUCCAUAAUCUGCAGGAGCUGCGGCGAAGUGCCUCGUUGGCCACCAAGGUCUUUAUCCAGAGAGACUACAGUGAUGGGACCAUCUGUCAGUUCCAGACCAAAUUCCCCCCAGAGCUGGACAGCCGGAUUGAGCGGCAGCUCUUCGAGGAGACCGUGAAGACCCUCAACAGCUUCUACGCAGAGGCCGAGAAGAUUGGGGGGAGCUCCUACCUCGAGGGCUGCCUGGCCUGUGCCACGGCCUACUUCAUCUUCCUCUGCAUGGAGACCCACUACGAGAAGGUUCUCAAGAAGAUCUCCCGCUACAUCCAGGAGCAGAAUGAGAAGAUCUUCGCCCCUCGAGGCCUCCUGCUCACGGACCCCGUGGAGCGCGGGAUGAGGGUUAUCGAGAUCUCCAUCUACGAGGACCGGUGCAGCAGCGGCAGCUCCAGCAGCGGCAGCAGCUCGGGCAGCGGCAGCAGCGGCGGGGGCGGCGGGGCGGGGGCCCGGUGACUGGCCGAGAGUCCCUGCAGGGAGGUGUAUGGCCGGACUGAGGGCCUCUCAGACCUGCGGCGGCUGCGCUACCAGAGCACCCGCUUCUGAGUCAUUCUCUGGGCCCCGCUCUGCUCCCCGGGGCGGGAGGGAGGGUGACUGGCCUGGUGUCCUUGCGGGCCCGUCUCCCGGGGCCCCUCCCGCACUCCUGCCCCUCGCCCCUGGCAGGACGGCCCACUUCCUGAUCUGGCAUUUCCCCCAGGGGUCAGGUCUGGUCAGGCGCAGCCAGAUCUUCCAGGGGAAGGCUGGGACCUGGUGGGAAACGCGAUUUGGACAGCCCUUUUCUUCUGCCUCUCCACUCCCAACACCCUGGAGGCGGGGCUCAGGUCCCAGAGAGAAUUCCUAUCCCGCAUGAUUCCUCAGCCCAAAUCCCACAUCCACCAGGACUCUCCCCCGCCCCCAGGGUCCUGCUCCCGGUGGCUGUCUCCCAGUGUCUGCUCUUUCUGGUGCCACUGCUGGGGCUCUGCCUGUCUGUGAACCUGCCUCCACUGGAUUUGAGGUCUGGGGAGAUGGGAGCCACUCAGUCCCCUCCUGACCCCUUCUAGACUCAUGGCUUCCCCUUCCCCCCACUCAAAGCCUGAAGGCCACAUGGGCCUUGCCAAGAAACCUCCGACUCCUGAGAUUUUGCAGGACAUCGGGCGCUGGCUGUGGGGUGCACAGCCUGGGGCUCUGGGAGGUUAUGUGAGGCCUAGAGAAAUGCUUCAUGGAGACUUGUAGCUUUGGGGGCUUUGAACCUCCAGGAUUGGAGCCAACUUCUCGAGAUUGGAAACUGGGUGUAUGAGAGAAUGAGUGUGUGUGCACGCAGGUGCGUGUGUGAGUGCAUAUACGUGAGAGCACUGUGUGCACGAGCGCAUGUGUGGCUGUGCAGCUGUGUGCGUGAGCACACCCGUGAAUGCAUGUGUGUGAGUGCGCAUGUGUGAGUGCACCAGUCCGUUCCCCUUCUGUGCCAGGCCAGUGACUGCCCCUCUGCCUCCUCUCUUAUCUUUGUAUGUAAUGGUCUGUGGCUGCUUCCCUGCAGAGGUCCAGCCUGCCCCUUUGUAAAUAAAUGUCCUAAAGCUCCUUGCCCCUUGCCUGGGGCUGCCAGCUUGGCUCUUCUUCCUCGUCUCUUCCCCACCUGCAAAGUUCUCCCCAUCUUCUGAUUCUACUGUGUACAUUCUAGCAAAAGAGAAGUUGGGGGUCUGGGAGAGCCAAUCUUCUGGAGCCUUCCAUGUCCUUCUCCCAGCCUUCCCGGUCCAUGACAGGGCAGCAGGGCCACACAUGCUGCAUAUGCAGCCUGCCCAGACUCUGGAGCUCUUUAAGGCUGCAUAAGCAAGUCCUCCUUGGAUGUUCAAAGGAGUUGGCAACCUAUAGGGGAAAAGGCAAACUCCUUUCUUGAAAGGGAAGAGAAGCACCCAGCCAGUGUGGCUCUGCAUGCCAAGGCCCAGGGCGCCAAUGAGGAAGAAGCAGCCCCCAUGCCUGGAUGCCCGGAUGAGGGACAGCAAGCGACUGCCUGCCUCAGCCGGCAGGAGGUGCUAAAAGGGCAUCUGGAAGACCAGCCACUGCAGGGAGCUUUCUAGAACCAAAGAGGGGCCUGGUUUUCUCUUGGAUGAGACAGCAGUCUGUGGGAGGGUGGUGCCUACCCAGGGGGCUGCAGAGGGCAGCCUGGUCCCUGGGGUGGGUCUGCGUCCAAGGAUUCCCCCAAAGAGGGUGGUGAUCCAGUGAGCUCUACGGCAGCGCCCCCCCCGCCCCCCGCAACCGACCCCUGACCCCUGGGCCGGGCCCAUGCCCUCCCUGGCCCACUGUGGGGCCAGGCCUUAUGUCUGACCGGUGCGCCUCCUGUGGGAUGGCUGGGCACAGGUGAUGCAGUGGCCUUUGGUUUUAUUAUUUCUUUUUCCAAUAAAAGGACUUGCCCAGCU